AUGUUAAAUCCACUCGAUAUAAUCACUGCUCUCUUUCUGUGUUCUGAUGGUUUUCUACAGCAGGAAAUGUCACUAAAAAUGUCCAUGUGUCAGUUCUCUGUUCCUCUGCUGCUUUCUAAUCAUGACAUGAAACAGUGCACACUCAUGCUGUGGGCCAUGAGAGACAUUGUUAAAAAGUACAGACCUCAGUCUCUGUCAGAGUCCAAGGGCUUCAUUGAAGACAGAAUCGUUCUCUCUGAACUUCCAAUGAUCUCUUUUGUCAGACUGGGUGAGUGCUCCUUGUCCAAGUCAGAGAUUCUCAAUAAGAUUCUCAAUAAACUUCUGAGCAAUUCUCAGCAGUACCAUGACACCUUUGUUCAUCGCAACAUGGAGUGUGGUGACAGUCCAAGAAGAAUAUCCAACGGACUGACUGAGAUUACUUGGUAUCUUCCUUGUGGAAACACAAACAUUGAUAUUUUCAGUCAGCCAGUGGCUGUAGCUAACCUUCGUGGGGACAUUGCUUCAUUUGAAACACAAUACUCCUUUCUGUGCCAGACAUCUGCAGCAGUUUUUGUGUUCUUUGACCAUUUGGACUCUGAGUGCAGUCUACUUACUAACCAACACCACAAGGCACAGAUCUUCUUGGUAGGUAACUAUGAGAGCCAGAGCUUCAGUUUAGAUACUUUAGAAACAGUAGCAACAAUGUUGGGCUUGACUAACAACAACAUCAUUAUUAAGACAAAACAAAAAAAUUCUGCCGAUUUUGUCAAAGGCUUGAGGAAAACAAUCAGUGAUGUAGUUGAGAACUCACAGAUAAAGAUGCAAACAGAGCAGAUGGCAGAAAUUGCCCAUGAACUGGGAAUCCUGGUUGAUGAAGACUCUCCAGAGUGCCAGACUGCAAAGACAAAUGCAGAAGCCAUCACUGCUGAAAUUCAAGAUAUCCAUAUAUUCAAAGAAGAUCAGCUUCCACGGCAAGAUUGUGGAAAAGAGCCUUUCAAAUAUACAGCUGAAGGAUUCUACAACAAAUUUAAACACAAACUCAGCAAGAUGUUCAACAUUCAAGAUCACACAAUGGCUGUACAGCAAUUGGCUGACAGCAUCAUCAAUUUUUGCACUCAGUUUGUAAGUGAGAAAAUGGAAAGCAGAAACAAUUACCAUGAGACCUACAUCCAGGAGAUCCUACACAUGAUUGAUGGGAGUCUACAGUACAAUCACGAUGUUAAGACAGACAUCGAGUUUGAAGUUUCUCUGAAACAGCACAUCUGUGGAUUUGCAGCCAGAGAGUUUCAGAAAAUGCACGAAGAUUUCAUCCAAGCAAAUGAUCCCUACAGAUGUCUGAUGAAAAACAAGGAAAAGUUUCGUGAGGAUUUCAAAGACAUCUUUAAUAAAAGAGACCAGUGUCAGAAGAAGGCAGAAGAAUUCACCAACAAAUGCUUGAAGCCUGCUGUGGAAGACUUUGUUAAUCGCUCCCUGGGUCCUAAUAUCAUUGAUGACAUGCUGACAUGUGAGCAGUUCAGCACACGAAUGUCCUUCCAGUAUUCAGUUUUAUUGGAUUUACUCUCAAAGAAUGAUUUAAAAAACUAUCUGAGUUAUAUUUUUUCAUAUGAGGAUUAUGUAAAAACAUGGAUUUACCACCAAAUAGUGGAGCGCUACUCAAAUGUGUCAACAGCAUUUGAAUUUGAGGACCGACAUCUCCAGUCAUGUAUCAGAAGCAUAAAUGAUGCCAUCAACAAGGCAAAAACAGGAAAGAGUCAUGACUUGAAGACAUUUGUGGAAAGCAUUCGCAAAGAUCUUGAUAAACUGGUCAUUUCCCAGGAUGCUUUUGAUGCUUUCAUGAUCCUAAACAAUGCUGAUAAGGAACAGUUUGCUGAUUGGCUCACAGUGUCUGUGAAUGACAUGGGAAACAUUCUUAGGAGUGAAUUUAAAAAGUCAAACUUUGAAAGAAAGCUAAAACAGCUCAAUAUGAAACCACACAAUGAGCUUUUUACCAGAGUGAUUGGUUGCGGCAAACAGUGUCCAUUCUGUGGCGUGCCCUGUGAGGCAGGAGGAGGAGCCCAUUAUGAGCACUUUGCUUCACUGCAUCGACCACAAGGUCUGGGUUCAUAUAGUAUUACAAAUGGUAAAUAUCAUCCCUAUAAGUGUUACAAGGAAAUGUACCCAGACUGGAAUGUCCCUCCAGAUGCGAGUCUUGAAGCAUCUGACUACUGGAAAUAUGUGAUGGCGAAGUACAACAAAGAAUUUGCUAGUGCGUAUAAUGCCAGACCUGCUGAUAUUCCUGCUGCUUGGAAAAAUAUCACAAAACAGCAGGCAACAGAAAGCCUUAAAGUGUCCUUCUGGAUCAAGUAA